CGUCCCCUCCUCGCCGACACCUCCGCCUCGUCGUCACGCCCGGUUCGCGCAUGCCGUCGUCCCCAAGCCGCCUGCGGGCACUCCUCGCCUGCUCGGCACCACUACUCGUCGUCGUCGCGCUCCUCGCUGCCGCGCCGCGAGCGGCAGCCUCCGCCCUCACCACCACCAUCAACGCCAACGAGCGCUCGUGCUUCUACGCCGCCGUCGACAAGGUCGGCGAGAAGGUCGGGUUCUACUUUGCCGUGUGUCGUCCCCCGCCCUCGCUCCCUUCGGCUCGUCCGCCGCGACCUGGACAUCCUCCUGACGCCUCUCACGCGACGCAGGUUCAAUCUGGAGGGUCGUUCGACAUUGACUGGACGGUGACGGACCCGAACGACAACAUCAUCAUCGACGGCGAGCGCGAGCGGCAAGGCGACUACAUCUUUACGGCGCACGCUGCAGGCGAGUACACCUUCUGCUUCAGCAACGACAUGUCGUCGCUGUCGGAGAAGCUCGUCGACUUUGACAUCAUGGUCGAGUCGGAGCCGCGACCGAUCGCGCCGGCAAAGCCGACGGGCCUCACCGAGCAGACGUCGUCGCUCGAGGAGAGCAUCUACCGCCUGUCGGGCAGCUUUUCGUCGAUCCAGAGGACCCAGAGGUACUUCCGCACGCGCGAGAACCGCAACGUUUCGACCGUACGCUCGACCGAGUGGCGCAUCUUUACCUUCUCGCUCCUCGAGAGCUGCCUCAUGGUCGGCAUGAGCGCCUUCCAGGUGUCGGUCGUGCAGCGCUUCUUCUCGGGCCCGUCGAGGCGCAGGGUCGUCUGACCGGCGGGUGGCCGGCGGGAGGGGCCGCGCUCGCGAGGGACGAGGGAGGGGUGCAACGCGCUCGUUGGACAUCG